AUGGCAGCGUUGAGACCGGAGCAUCGCUAUGGACUCUCUUGUGGAAAAAUUAACAAAAACAUCUCGAAUAAAACCCUUUACCACGUCAAGCUCACUGACACUGCCAUCCGAGCCCUGGAAGCCUAUCAAAACCUUAAGGGCACCUUACCAAAUCAGCCAGCCAUUCGCUUCCAGGGCAACCAAGGGUAUAUCAAGAUCCCGGCCCCCUCUGCCGACCCCCACGGGGCCCUGCGCGUCUUCUCCUUCUACCUGUCCAGCGACAGCAAAGACAAGCCGCAGGCCAGCUUCGACUGCAUCCACCAGUAUGUGUCCGGGGAGAACAGGGAGCAGCUGGAGUGCCAGGGCAGCGUCCAGGACAAGAUUACCGUGUGCGCCACCGAUGACUCCUACCAGAUGACCCGCGAGCGCAUGUCCCAGGUGGAGAAGGACAUCUGGAGCCGCACUGCCAUCGAGAUCAAGCCGGGGUCCACCUAUCCCAGUAAAUUUGUGAAGGUUCCUAAGAAGCAGGCUCCGCCCCCGACGACGGACGGCCUCCACAGGCACUCCCCUAGCAACCGCAGGGGCGGGGCUCCGAGUACGGUGGCCCAGAGGUCCCUGAGGGACCGUCUCCUCCACCUGCUGGCCCUGAAGGCCUACAGAAAGCCAGAGCUGCUGCUGUGGCUGGACCGAGAGAGGGCCAGUCUCAGAGACAAGGCUGACCUGGGAUCAGUGCUGGAGGAGGUGGCGAAACUGAACCCCAAAGACCAGAGCUUCACGCUGAAAGACGAGCUCUACACACACGUUCAGAAGGACUGGCCAGGGUACCAGGAGGAGGAAAGGCAGCUUCUGCACAGACUGCUGGCCAGGAAGACACUGCAGUCCAGCAGCAGCCAAUCGAAGAGCUUCCAGCCGAACCCUUCAUUCCAGAAAACCCCGGAGGAUUCUGCGUUGCACCUCAGCCCCGGCAAGAAUCUCGCGGUGAAACGGCCGCUACCUUCCGGACCACCGGACGCUCAUCCUCAGAAGAGGCCGAGAGUUUCGGAGCCCGCCCCUCUCCCUCCUCCACUCUCCAACGGGCUGCCCGUCCCCGGCGGGGCACGAGGCCCAAGCGCGCUGCACCCCAAAGCAGAGACUCCGAGGAUAGGCGACCACGCCUCAGAGAGCCGGAAUGGAUUCCCCACGCAGCACAACCUGAGCGACUCCUUCCACAAACCCGCACCUCCCAGCCCCAAGCCUCCCCAGGCCGACCCCUCUGUCUGCGCUGACCAGCUCCUCGCCAACGACCCGCACAAGAAGAAGAAGUCCAAGAAGCACAAAGAGAAGGAGAAGGAGAGGGAAAGAGAGAGAGAGCGGGAGAAGGAGAGAGAGAAGGAGAAGGAGAGAGAGAGGGAGAAGGAGAGAGAGAAGGAGAAGGAGAGAGAGAGGGAGAAGGAGAAGGAGAGGGAGAGAGAGAAGGAGAGGGAGAGGGAGAGGGAGAGGGAGAAGGAGAAGGAGAAGGAAAGAGAGAAGGAGAAGGAGAGGGAGAGAGAGAAGGAGAGGGAGCGUUUAAAAGGCAGUGGGAGAAGCGAGUGGCUGGAGACCAGCCCAGACCUCAAACCUGACCUGGAAAAACACCAUGUGCAGGGGGAUGCAAACACACCUGUUUCUCCACCCUCUCCUGCGGAGCUGCCUGAUUAUUUACUGAAGUACACGGUCAUACUGGCCUCAGAGCAGAGGCAGAAGUACAAGGAGGACUUCUGCGCGGAGUACGAUGAGUACCGGGAUCUGCACGCCCGCAUCGGCAGUGUCACGCAGAUGUUCGUCCGCCUGGGGUCCAAGAUAAAGACCCUCUCCCCGGGAACGAAGGAACACAAGGUUAUGGAAGACCAAAUAUUGGAGAAAUACAAAAAGUACAUGAAGAAGUUUCCUGGUUACCGGGAAGAGAAGAGGCGCUGCGAGUAUCUGCAUCAGAAGCUGUCGCACAUCAAACAUCUCAUCCUGGACUAUGACCAAACACACACGCCUUCAUAGUGGUGGCGCCACCUGUGGCAUAGGAGGACCAAAAACACCCACCAGGGAGUUCCCCCACCCACUCAGCUGGUACCGAACACUGAGUUCUUCAAAGACACUAAAUACCCCCCCCCCCCCCCCCCCCUUUCGCCCACACUUUAUUCUUGUUCAGAGAUCUGUGUUCAGGUGGCACGGGUGAAAAAUUGUCAUUUGUUUCUGAAUCGGGGGAAAGACCACCUACUUGUGACCGACCCUUUACUGUGCGUGUUUCCAUGGUAACGGCCGUGACGUUGCAUAAGAUUUAAUUUAUGGUGUGGAGAUGAGCUGAAAUGUUUUUACCCAUAAUGCUGUGUGUUGGACCGUGAUGUACGGGGCCGUAUUAGUGAGGAACUGCACGAGUUUGCAACGCAGUAGUCGUUCAGAAGUAUAAACUGCCUGUUAUCGGUUAUCACGCUGCCUGAUACGGUCGCGAGAUUUAAUUGUCUUUUAGUUUUUCCUGCAAUUCUAAACUUUUUCUUGAUUUAAAAAAUUUUUGGAGCAUAGAUAUGAAUUGGGAUGACGGUUUUCACAGAAAAAAAAAGAUUCAAGUCAACAUCUAUUUGGAGUAACCGAGAAAUAAUGACAUGCGCUGCAACUAAUCUAGCAUGAAGCAUAAUGGAUGCAAAUCUUAACCAUAGUGCACCAGUCCAGUCAGAUAGGUGUGUGUGUGUGGGUGCGUGUGUCUGCUUGUGAGAGUUCUGUAGACAUCAUUGUCAUUCCCCACCAUACCACAGUACAGAAGUAGAUGUGAGCAAUUGGAGCUGCCUUUCUAUUUACCAAAGACAAAAAUACAGAAUGACCACUGUGGCUUCCUCCAUGACACAAUUUCAGGUCGCGAUAAUGGGCCAGAUUCACAGACAGAGACUAAACCUAGUCCUAGACUAAAUUCAGUCUCCAUACAAAACUCCAUUCAGUCUAGGACGAAGCUUAACCCGUGUCCGUGAAACCGGCCCAGUAUGUUUUAAGUCGGUUUUAUUUGGUAUCUUUGUUUGCAACAAAAUCAAAUCAUUGUAGUCUCUUGAUAAACAAUGACAGAAAUUGUACCAUAGAUAGAUUUUUAGAAGCUCAGUGAUUUUAAAUGAUGUUUAUUGAAGUUUGAAGGAGAUUGGACCGGUACCCAACACCUUUUAACCUUUGAGAGUGGAAUGGGUUCAAGCAGCUCAUUUUACAACUGAAGUUUUGAAAGGUUUGGAAAGUGGCACGUAUCCAGUCAGACUUUAAAAGGAUUUCUGAAAGGAAUAUGCGCUAUGGGCUGUGCUGUCCUGCGGAGAGGUUUCAUGUCUCAGAAAGGAAUGGUCUCCAGCAGUGAGAAUCAAAGGCCGGUGAUUGCUGUAGUUACGAAAACCUGUAAAAACGUUAAAAUCUAUCCAACUGAAUACGUGAUAACACUCAAAAGUGAAGACGCAAAGUGUAGCAUCUGUCGCUCAGAGGGACAAUAACGACUGGAUGAGAAAUUCUGUUGCCGUGUUGCUUUAAUAAGCUAAAGAAAAUGGAGGCUAUGGUUUAUUAUUGUGUGUGGAAAAAGCCAUUUGAAUGCUCUAAUCCUGUGUUAGGCCCGUUUUCCAGUGUAUUGCUACUUGGCUGACAGUGUAUUGGUUUAGCUGGUUGUGGCUCUUGAUCAUGCUGGCCAUGAUUCCAACCAUUAGAUCAGGGUUUUUCAUGGACAGAUGCCUUCAAGCCCCUCUCUCCCCCCCACAGCACACACACACACACACACACACCUAACCCUCUCAAAAAGUCCCUGAUGCCCCAGAGAUGUUUUCAACCGAACUCCACUGGUCUUGGUGGGAUGCCUAAAUGACUGAAUGACUGGUUACUGAGGGUGCACCUCGUCUGAUAUUGGACCUCAUUUGAAAACUAGUUAUUCCCGCAUUGAAGCUGUAUUACAAAAGUUGAUCGAGUUGAUGAUGAAGUUGCCAAAAUAUAGCUAAUGGAGCGUUUUUUUCUAAUGGGAAGUUAUGUGUGCUCCGGCAUGUAGACAUUGGAUUUGAUGCCUUAAAAAUGCCAGCCCACAUAACAGAAGCUUCCAGAACUGCCUCACCAAAUCCCCCAGAAUCCUACUGACUCUACUCAGUUUGGGUCUUAAAGUCCAGUGUUAAAAUGUAGGCUCCCUUUGCUUAGAGCAUAGGAACAGUCUUAAGUGUUUUCCUCUUCUUCAUUGGUCCAGGCUCUCUGGCCUCUUGUUAUUAGUUUAUUUUUUAUUUUUAUUUUUAUUUUUUUUGUUUGCUUUGUUCCAAGCAGAAGGUUUUAUUGGUUGCCUUUAAGUGAUUUAGUCCAUUGAUACUGUCCGGGGUCACAUGGGAGGAAGAGGCGGUUGACCCCGCUUACACAGGUUGUUCAUCUCUGUUCGUAUUGUCAUUUAUUUAAGUAAUUUAUUAUUUUUGUUUGAAGGAGGUCCUAAAUAUAGUUUAUUAGAGGCAAAACUAUUUUUAAUAUAAAUACAAAUGUCCCCACUUUUCACUCCUUGACAACCAAUACGAUUGAUAAAUUAAUUAAUCUCUGGGAUUUUAACCACUCCAAAAGCAUCAUAGUUUCAGCCAUUUUAUGUCUCACAGGAAACAUGUAAAAUGGAUGAUUGGAAGCAAUCAACAAACAGGUUCAAAUUGGAGCAUUUGUAAAGCCCAAAAUGGUAUUUGCCGCCAUAUAUUUGGGGCCUGAUUUACUAAGACGUUUAGCCCAGGCAAAACCAAUGUAACCAAACCAAAGUAACACAACCAAUGAUUGGUCAAGGUAUUUGUUUUGCACCAAUCAUUGGUUGUAUUAUUAGUUUUGCGUGUGCUAAAAUAUUCAUGAAUUGGCAUUAACUAAUGUAGUUGUUAACAUGAAUUAAUGAUGGACAAAUACAUUAAUUAAACAUGAAAUUAACUUUUCAUUAGUUAAUGCAUUUGUUAACAACUAACAUACAUUCAUAUAUAUACAUUAUCAAACCAUAGGAUUCACUUCUAAUUAGUUAACCAUUAACAAAUACAUUAACUGAAUUUUUAAUUCCAAUAUGAAUUGGCAAUAACUAAUGUAGUUGUUAACAUGAAUUCAUGAUGUACAAAUACAUUAACAGAGCUGUACAGAUUAACUUCUGAGUAGUCGUUAGUAAACAACUACAUUAGUUCAUGCCUUAUUGUAAAAUGUGAUCUUUGUCUUAGUAAAACAGGUCCUUGGUUUGCAAUUUAAAUCCUUCUGUCACUCGCUCUAUGUACGUCCUUACAAGCAGUUUUCUAAAGUAAGGUUCGGUUGCUAUGCUGUGACUGCAAGUUGGUGCUGCUGUUGGCAGUGAACAAAAUAGUGCUGAGACAUUUUAGAUGCAUGGAGCAGUCCCGGUCAUUUAUUAUUAGGAUCUAUAAUUAAAUAAUACUGUUAUUGGAGAGAAGUGCGGGUAUUUCCCCCAGUCUAUCUGCGGUUUGUGAGUAUCCCUUGUCAUACGCCUACUCGCUACUCAUUGCCAUCCUGUGAAAAAAAAAAAUAUAUAUAUUUUUUUUGGUGAGGCGAUUAUCCUUUUUGCAUUCCUGAAACAAAUCCUUUUUUUAUAUUCAUGGGAUUAGUAUGAGCUAGCCUGGCCUGGCUGAGUUUUCACAAGUGGCCAGUGCCCCUGAUCAGUUGAUCUGCAGUCAGCAAUCUGUGAAAUAAUCAAUCUUUUCGAUGUAGAAAUGUCUGCCAGGCGCAGGUCUUGUGAAAGGGAAGAUGCCUUUGCGUACCUUUUAGUGUCAGUGUUGCACACUACAGAAACGUUCUCCGAAAUAAACGCAUCCUGAAGUGAGGCCAAUACGGACAAGCAGCUGCCUGCUAGAAGUGUUGGGAAGAAAGGGGCAUCACAAACCCGAAAAACGUUCACGGCCUUCGCGUUUCACAGCGCGAUAAAGCCGUUCGAUGGGUUUGUCCAAGUUAAGUGAUUGACUACACACGGUACAGUAGCCCAAUCCCAUUGGAGGGUUUGUGAUAUCUCACUCUCCUAUUGCUACCCGAGCUCUGAUUCGUCCUCGGCAAAAUACAGGCGUAUACAGUGAAAUGCAGGCGGUAGUGUCGGUGCCUUCUCUUGGAGUUCUGCGGUAGAGCCGUUUCACAUACAGUGCGUCACAAAACCUAAAGUGUGGCUUGACGUAGAACAAAACAUAUGCACUCAAAUGCAUUGUGUCUCUUAAUCGCAUUUUACAAAUGCAUAUUUCUUGUACAACAUGGUAUGGCGCUGAGGAAGAGGGUCUUUGUUAUGCAACACUAACUUAUUCCGAGUCUAAAGAGGAGGCAUAACAAAGAACGUUUUAUUUCUUUAGGGAUAUUUUUCUCUCAUUUCAUCUCUUUGGUGCAUUAUAUUUGUUUAUUUGUCGCUAUUGGAAAAAGAAUAAAGGUCUUUCAUAGAAAUAUGGAGAGAAAAACAUCUGCCAUCAUGUAUAAACGUCAAUGCAUUAUGUGAACUUGUAAGAAGGAUCUGUGUAAAAGAAAAUAAUUUAUUUCCUGUGUUGCAUUUUACUUUUGCACAAUUUUCUCAAGUCUUUCUGAAGGUUGACUGGCAUUGUGAUAUGUUGGUGGCGAGGGAUGAUGAAUAUAUUCAGUAUAUUUCUAUAUACAUGUAUAUUUCUGAUUUCCCCCUAUUUUAUUUCAUUUUUUGAGGGUGUGCACCACCUUCAUCUGCUCUUCCUUUGAAAAAACGUAUUCAUACUUAAUGUUUCUGUACAAUAAAGGUCUUUUCAUCAUGA